CAAAUGAUAACGAGGAUGGUGCCUCAUUUAGCAGCGAGGCUGGAUCAAGAACAUGCUUUCAAGAUGGCGAAUGACUUGUUUGGCGAAGACCUCUUCUCUGUCUUCGAUGGUCAAGAUUCUCAAGAGACGAGCGCUAAGGAUGAAGUAGCAAAUAUAGGCUUAUCUACCAGCACUGCUCGUAAAAGAACUUUGGAAGACCAAAAAAGGGAUGAUGACGGCGAGGAAGUGGUUGCACCCAGUAGUAGUGUCCAAACGAAAAAACAAAAAUCCGAUGACCACGAUCUUGCGUUGUUAGAUAUUCCAAGGGUUCAGGUGCAAAAUGUUGAAACAAUGGAAGCCUGUACUCAUGAGGUUGUUAUCCCAGAAGGAUGUGAUUAUUCACCACUUCAGGCUAUCAAUGAAAAACCAGCCAAGGAAUACCCUUUUAUUCUGGACCCGUUUCAAAAAGAGGCUGUGAAAUGCUUAGCAAAUAACCAAUCGGUCCUCGUCUCUGCGCACACAUCAGCUGGCAAAACUGUGGUUGCUGAGUAUUGUAUUGCAAUGUCUCUUCAACGAAAACAGAGAGUUAUUUACACAACUCCAAUCAAAGCACUGAGCAAUCAGAAAUACAGAGAGCUUUAUGAUGAAUUUCAGGAUGUUGGUCUCAUGACCGGGGAUGUUACAAUCAAUCCAAGUGCAAGUGCCUUGAUCAUGACCACUGAGAUUUUGAGAAGUAUGUUAUACAGAGGAUCAGAGUUGAUGCGUGAAGUUGCUUGGGUGGUUUUUGACGAAAUUCAUUACAUGAGAGAUAAAGAAAGAGGAGUUGUUUGGGAAGAAACAAUUAUCUUGCUGCCGGACAAUGUUCACUACGUUUUCCUGUCCGCUACAAUUCCAAAUGCACGGCAGUUUGCGGAAUGGGUUGCCUAUCUCCAUAAACAGACUUGUCAUGUUGUGUAUACAGACUUCAGACCAACCCCCCUGCAGCACUAUCUCUACCCUUCCGGAGGAGAUGGAUUGUAUUUGGUUCAAGACGAGAAGAAACAAUUUCGAGAAGACAAUUUUGGUAAGGCUAUGAGAGUGUUGCAAGACUCUUCGUCGUCGAGUGAUAAUAAGUGGCAAAAGGCAGGAAGAAGGAGUUUUAAAGGUCCGACUGAUGUUCAUAAGAUUGUUAAACUGAUAAUGGAACGGAAUUUCGCCCCCGUCAUUGUCUUUGGAUUUUCGAAAAAAGAAUGCGAGGCCAAUGCACUUCAGAUGUCAAAACUCGAUUUCAAUACAGAUGAAGAGAAGAAGCUCGUCCAGGAAGUUUUUGCCAAUGCCAUUGAUUGCCUUUCAAAUGAAGACAAAUGCUUGCCUCAGGUGGAAAAUAUCCUUCCGCUAUUGAAGCGGGGAAUAGGCAUCCAUCAUGGCGGACUCCUUCCAAUUCUCAAAGAAGUGAUAGAGAUCUUAUUCUCCGAAGGCUUAAUCAAGGCGCUCUUUGCAACUGAGACGUUUGCCCUGGGACUUAACAUGCCAGCAAGGACCGUUGUCUUCACAAAUGCUCGAAAAUUCGAUGGCAUCGACUUUAGAUGGAUCUCAAGUGGCGAAUAUAUCCAGAUGAGUGGCAGAGCUGGAAGGCGUGGGCUUGACGACAGAGGCAUUGUCAUCUUGAUUGUUGAUGAGAAGAUGGGGCCAGAUGUCGGAAAGGGGCUUCUAAAGGGAGCCGCAGAUCCUCUCAACAGUGCCUUUCGUCUAACCUAUAACAUGGUGUUGAACCUUCUUCGAUUGGAAGAGAUUAAUCCAGAAUAUAUGCUCUCAAAGUCGUUUUAUCAGUUUCAAAAUUAUGCUGGCAUCCCAAAGCUUUUAGAAGAGCUUAAAGAAAAAGAUAGGAAGAGAGACGAAAUCGUUAUACCUAAGGAAGAUACAGCCAUGUCUUACUACAAAAUAAGACAGCAGCUAGAUAAGCUUUCAAAAGAAUUAAUGAAGUUCAUCCAUCAGCCAAAGUAUUGCCUUCCCUAUUUGCAGCCAGGGAGACUUGUUCAGGUGAGCGACCGUGAUCAGGAUUUUGGCUGGGGAUGCGUGGUAAAUUUUCAAAAAAAGAACAACCAAAAGGGAGCCAGUGCUAGUCUAGCAAGUGAAACAAUAUACAUUGUCGAAGUUUUGUUGAACUGCUCUAAAACCACAAAGAAAAUGGCAACUGGCGAAGUUCCUGUACCAUGUCAACCAGGCGAAAAGGGGGAAAUGGUGGUGGUUCCAGUUCUUAUACACUUAUUGCAAUCCAUAAGCAGUAUACGUUUAUACCUUCCAAAAGACCUGCGACCCCUGGAUGCAAGAGAGACAGUGAAGAAGUCAGUUCAGGAAGUUAAAAAGCGAUUCCCUGAUGGCUUGCCUGUACUGGAUCCAAUUGAAGACAUGAACAUAAAGGACGAACAACUGAAAAAGAUUGUGAACAAAAUCGAAGUAUUGGAGCACCGCUUAUACAAUCAUCCAUUACACAAAGAUCCAGACUUGGAGAGACUAUACAACUUAUGUGCGAAGAAAGCUAAUAUUGAUCACGAAAUGAAAGCCGUUAAGCAAAAUCUGAAGAAGGCAAAAACUGUCAUUCAACUCGACGAGCUUAAGUGCCGCAAGAGAGUCCUCAGAAGGCUUGGUUACGUCAACGCUUCUGACGUCAUCGAGCUGAAGGGUCGUGUGGCGUGUGAAAUAAGCAGCGCAGACGAAUUGCUUCUGACUGAGAUGAUUUUCAACGGUGUUUUUAACGAUCUGUCUUCAGAGCAGUGCGUUGCACUGUUGAGCUGCUUUGUAUUUCAAGAAAAGGCCGAUGACCCCACACAAGUCCAAGAAGAGCUGGCAGGGCCACUGAGGCAAAUGCAGGAAUCUGCUCGACGGAUCGCAAAAGUUUCUGAAGAGGCGAAAAUGGACAUUGACGCUGACCGAUAUGUGGACAAAUUUAAGCCAAGUCUGAUGGAUGUCGUUUAUUCUUGGUGCAAAGGUGCUUCAUUUGGGGAAAUAUGCAAAAUGACAGAUGUGUUCGAAGGCAGCAUAAUUCGCUGUAUGAGGCGUUUGGAGGAGCUACUACGUCAGAUGUGUCAAGCUGCCAAAGCUAUUGGCAAUACUGAACUGGAAAACAAGUUUGCCACUGGUAUUACAAAACUCAAGCGAGAUAUUGUGUUUGCAGCCAGUUUGUAUCUUUAAUGCUUCUGUAUACAUUUUCCGUAAAUAUUAUUAUAUUUCCUCAAUAAAGUGACAAAGGUAUUAUUGCAAGGCGAUAAAGAAAUGGGAUACUUGGUUUUAUUUUUUCCAAAAAAACUUUUCCGUUUUCCUCGUAAAUCUUUAGUUGUGUGACAUCAUUGUUUGUCGUCAGAAUAACCAUUUUACCCUGUAAUAAAUCUUAUUUUGAACAGUUUCCCUCUUGUCUUUCUACCAACGAAUUAUUUCGGGUGGCAGUUUUAUUUUCUUUAGAUAAAGCCAAUAAUGUGUAUUAUUAUGAAUAAAUUGGUCUAAGAGCUUCUUCUGGUUUCUUA